GUUCUUUGCAGCAGUGCUAGAGAGGACGUUCGAGGAAGUCACAGCGAAGAAGUUUGGGUUAUGUACUUCAGCUCAGCGAUGUCUGCCGGCGGUCUGCUGCUGUGUCUGCUGGCCGUGGUUCCGCUCGGCUCGCGGGCUCAGUACGCUCCGGACGAGGUCCACCACCUGCCCGGCAUGACGUUCAAACCCGGCUACAGACAGUGGUCCGGAUACCUGCAGACCAGGCCCAGGAGGUAUCUGCAUUACUGGUUUGUGACUUCUCAGAGGGACCCUGUCAAAGAUCCUCUGGUGCUCUGGCUGAAUGGAGGCCCUGGCUGCAGCUCGCUGGAUGGAUUCCUGUCAGAAAAUGGACCGUUUCAUGUACGUGAUGAUGGGGCCACACUCUACGAGAAUCCAUUCAGCUGGAACAAAAUUGCCAAUGUGGUGUAUCUGGAAUCCCCUGCAGGAGUUGGAUACUCUUACUCUGAUGAUGGAGAAUAUUCAACCAAUGAUACUGAGGUUGCUGAAGAUAACUACAGAGCCUUGCAGAAUUUCUUCGCCAAGUUCCCAAACUUCACUCAGAAUGAGUUCUACAUUUUUGGGGAAAGUUACGGUGGGAUCUACGCACCAACGCUCAGCCUGCAGGUGGCCACAGGACCAGCGAAAAUCAACUUUAAGGGCUUUGCAGUGGGGAAUGGUCUCAGCAGCUUCGCACUCAAUGAUCAAUCACUGAUCUACUUUGGAUACUACCAUGGCCUCUUCGGAGAAGAUUUGUGGCGUGAUCUCAACAUGAAUUGCUGCGACAAGGGAAGCUGUGACUUUUACAACUCCAGCUCCGAGACCUGCCGGAUUUUGGUAAAUGAAGCAUUUGGAAUAGUGUAUAACAGUGGCCUUAAUGAGUACGCCCUUUACUUGAAUUGCGAGGGUUAUGGACGGUCCCACAGAGGCUACCAGUGGGCCAUGAGUCACCUCUUUAAGAACUUCAGGAAGGACCCACACACCCACAAGGUUACAGAUCCAGUUUCAUCCCCCACGUCUCUGGGCAUAGUUCCUCCCUGCAUCAACAGCACGGCUCAGGCAAACUGGCUAAACAGAGGCGACGUGAGGAAAGCGUUACACAUUCCUGAUAUACUGCCAGCCUGGGACAUCUGCAGCGACGACGUUGGAAUGAAAUACAAGAUUGUCCACUCCACAAUGAAAGACGAGUAUUUGAAGCUGCUGUCUUUGGGCCUGCGGGCUCUCGUGUACAACGGCGACACCGACAUGGCCUGCAACUUCCUGGGAGACCAGUGGUUCGUGGAGGACUUGGGGAUGGAGGAAACGACGAAGUACCAGACUUGGCUCCAUGACAAACAGGUAGCGGGUUUCUACCAGCAGUUCGGGAACAUCACUUUCAUGACGGUUAAGGGCGCAGGUCACAUGGUUCCUCAGUGGGCUCCUGGUCCAGCUCUCCAUCUGUUUGAGUCUUUCAUAACAAACACUGCGCCAUGAGGGAGCUGCACUCACCUCUUUUUAAAUGGCGUGUUUACUCAGGAACAAUUACUUUAAAGGGAAAAGAAAAUGGAUUGAUGCCUUAUUUCUGGGUUUCGUUUAUUUCUCUCGGCUAAAUGUGUGCACUUUUCUGAAUAUUGGUAAUUGUGAAGAAUGAUCAUCUUCACUUUCACUCACAAACUGUCACAUUCUGACUGAAGUCCGACGCAAACUAUUAUCUGAAAAAUAGUGACAACAAGUCAGUGGCAACAGCAGCCCGCAUCCAGUAAACUGGGAUAAAUUAGAUUACCGGAUAAACUGAAAUCAGGCCAAACAGCCAGAGAGGCUGAAACCUCAGUCAUUCAAACGUUGAUUAAAUCCCAGACGAGGCUCCAGUUGUCACAACUUUUCUCAAAGUAGGAGAGGCCACACAAUCACUUCUAUUACAGAAAUAAUUUCAUUGAAUGGGAAAUGAAUAUGGGAAAGAAUGAACCAGUGUGGAUGUAAAAACAUUGGUGUGUUUACUGUCAUAGAAAUCUAAUCAAGCGCAGUAGCAGAGAGGAAUUAUUCAAAUUCCUAAAGGUGGUGCAGAUUCAUUCAGCAGACGCUUUUAUCCAAAGUGCAGUACAUCAGAGAGUCCAUUUAGGAGAAAUAACUGAUGCACAUACAGAUUUUAAAAUGACAUUUUUCAUAGUUUUUAGUUAAAUUUCAUUCACACACAGUACAGGUAUAAUCUUCUAAAACUGAUUGUUGCACUAAAGUGAUGUUGGUUUGUUGUUUGAUGACAAAUGUGUUUUCUUUUAAUUAAUGACUUUACACAAACUUUGUUGAUCAAAACUUCCUCACUGGAACGUGUUUUAUUAAAGAUUGUUUUGAACUUGGGA